CUCAGGCUCACUCGCACUGGAAGGAAGGGAGGGAGGGAAACGUCCUUACCACUUCGCACUCGAAUUCUCUCCGUUUCUGUGAUUCUUUGGGCAGCAAAGAGGAGUUUUCUUCUAUUGUUUUGCUAUUGCAGGUAGAGUAUAAUGGCUUCCACCCUUCCAAUCCAACUUCCCUCAUUGCUCUUUCAUGGGAGAAAAACCCUCUCUAGAAAUUUCCGGAAGCUUCCAUUUUCUGCCGUCGGAGACAAAAAGAGAAAUUCUGCAGUUGCUGUAAAGGCCACAGAGCAAAGCUCUGAAUCUUCAACCUCCCUGAGCAUUGUGAAAUCUGUUCAAACUGUUUGGGAUAAAUCUGAAGAUCGACUGGGUGUUGUCGGUUUAGGUUUUGCAGCUGUGGUGGCAAUAUGGGCAUCUUCAAAUCUUAUUUCGGCCAUUGACAAGCUUCCUGUCAUUCCUGGUGUGCUAGAAUUCGUUGGCAUAUUGUUUUCAUGGUGGUUCAUAUAUCGAUAUCUAUUAUUCAAGCCAGAUCGGGAAGAACUACUGCAAAUCAUUAGUAAGUCUACGUCAGAUAUCUUGGGCCAGUGAAAAUGCUCCACCAGAUAGGACAGUAAGAAAAGUGUGAUUUGUGCUGCCAAAUGUGAUUUGAGUGUGUACUCUCUGUAUUAAGGCUAAUCAAUAGGUUUAUGAAAACGAAAUGUUAUGAUUUUUGCCAUUUAAUGAGCUCUCUCUCUCUCAAAUUGACAUUA